AUGAGAUUAUUGUUGAGCCGCUCAACACGGCUACCGACAAGCCUUUCACAAGCUCCGAUCCUUCACUGUUCAACAAUACCAAUUCGUCGAGGCUUUACCAGCUCACUGGUUCGACACGAUCAAAAUUCUGAUGCAGCAGCCAAAGCUUCACCAGCUCAGAGUAACACGGACGCAGUCUCCGAAGAAGUAAAGCAAAAUAGCCAACCAGUCAAGAAACCCUCAAGAUUGGCAGCCUUGAAGAAACGUAGCCAGACAUCAAAUACCAGCAGGACCGGGAUUAAAGAGGAUGAGACAAGCCAACGAUAUAUUCUUGGACAAUCAGACGACAAGCCAAUUCGUGCGCGGUUUGCGCCUUCUCCCACUGGAUAUCUGCACUUGGGCUCGCUCAGAACGGCUCUCUUCAAUAAUCUGGUAGCAAAGGCCACAAAGGGAGGUGAUUUUAUUAUACGAAUUGAGGACACUGAUCAGAAUCGUUUGGUGCCUGAUGCUGAAGAGCGUAUCUUCAAAGAUCUUGAAUGGGCCGGUCUGUCAUGGAGCGAAGGUCCCGACAAAGGCGGCCCGUAUGGCCCUUAUCGUCAGUCAGAGCGUCUUGAGACCUACAAAGAGCACACUCAUACCUUAAUCGAAAACGGCUCUGCGUACCGCUGCUUCUGUAACCAGUCGGUGCUCGAGGCCCAGAAGCGUGCUCUUCAUGACGCCGGCAAGUCCACCGCUUACCCAGGCACAUGCCGCUCAGUCCCACGUUCCGAGUCCGAUGAGCGAGCUGCCAAGGGUGAGGCUCACGUUGUACGACUGAACUCGGGCCUCUUCGGUAUGCCCAAGUUCAAAGAUGCUAUCUAUGGCCCUUUUCAGAAGAAGGAGCCCGAGGAGGACUUUGUGCUCAUGAAAACCGAUGGCUUUCCUACUUAUCAUCUUGCGAAUGUAGUUGACGAUCAUCUCAUGAAGAUUACUCAUGUUAUCCGUGGCGAGGAAUGGCUCAUCUCGACGCCCAAACAUCUGGCUCUCUACGAAGCUUUUGGCUGGGAACCCCCGACUUUCGCUCACCUGGGUCUUCUCGUUAGCAAUGAUGGAUCAAAGCUCAGUAAGCGCAAUGCUAGCGUUAACCUCUCGACAUAUAUGGACCAAAAGGUCUUUCCCAUGGCCUUACAAGCCUGGCUCGCCAAUCUGGGUGCUUCGUUCAAGAAAGGCGUCCAGACACCACGCUUCCUCGAAGAUGUGGCUGAUAACCUGACUUACAAAUUCACGCGAGGUGGUAUAAAACUCAACCCGCAAAAGCUUGACUUCUUUCAGCACGAGUACCGGAACCUCCUAUUUAAAACCCCUGUGUCUGACCACACCUCUCGCGAACAAGUUCUUAUUGGGGAAAGCCUACUCGAACCCCUUAUCAGCAAAGUCCACGAAAUCACCUCGUCUUCAAAGGACAACACUGGCAACUAUGUACCGAUCCAACCACGCGGCACAUCUCUCAAUUGGCCUGGAGUUUUGACGCCGGUUCCAGCUAUGCUAUCAUCUGAAUCAUCGCAACAGUCCUAUGCCUUUCAAACACUUGCCCAAGAAACCUCACGGUACGCUUCCGCGGAUGACAUACCGCGUCUGCUGCCAUAUCUAUUCUGGCGCCCUCCUAUUGCCAUCUACCGCGCGGCGCUCGCUGCCGAGACUCCACGUCCUGAUUUGAUCAACCUCGUUCAUGAAACGGUCAAUUCAACAGACAGUUGGGAAGUGGCUCUCGACCGCCUCUUGGAGCGUGUCCCUUCUGAUCAAUCCACCGAUCUGCAUAGUAUUCUUCGCCUCGUUGCUGUUGGCAGCCCACAAGCUGUCGCCAAGGCAUCUCGCAUCUUAUUCAACAUCUUGGGUCAAGAUGAGUGGCGAGUUCGUACUACCCAAGUGUGCGAUUUGUUGCAUGAGUUGGACUCAGGGGGCGAGAAUCUUCGUCAAAGAUGGAUAGACGAAGCUGCGGCCAUGACUUCAGAGACCGACGCCGUCGCUGAAUAG